UCUUCAGGUAUAUCUGUAGGUGCUGCUUCUGUGAGAGGAGCUGAGCCACAACAGCCAGUUUAUGAGACAGUAAACUGCUUAAAGCUGCAAUUUGUUUCCCUGGAAAGAGCUGCCAGGGGCUGUGUCUUGGGUUGAUAUCAGCUCAGCUGCCAGAACUUUGCCCCAUGACGCUGCAGAGGUCCACAUCUUAAUGGAUUGCUGUAGUCUCCUAAUUUCUCCAUUCACCCAGUUUCCUGCCUCGUGAAAAUAUUAGCUAGCACAGAACCUAGAAAAGUUACAUAUACCUGUGUCUGUACAGCACACACCAGAAGAUCCUGCGACCUAAAAUCAUCACGAGAAAAAAGUAUACCUGACUUCGACAGUAUUGUGUAAGCUACAAGGUGUUUUGGAGCAGCUGGCUCUGCGUGAGCCUACACGUUAAUUACUAGAAGAUGAUGGGCAGUUUUGUCUAGUCUGCAGUUAAUGAGCAAGUGCAGGGUGUGAACGGAAUGUCUGUGGAUGAGAAGACUGAAUCCCCCAUGUAUGUGUAUGAGUCAACAGUCCAUUGUACCAAUAUCCUCCUGUGCCUCAAUGACCAGCGGAAGCAGGAUAUUCUCUGUGAUGUGACUUUGAUUGUGGAGGGGAAAGAGUUCCGAGCCCACCGAGCUGUGCUGGCUGCUUGCAGUGAAUACUUCUUGCAGGCGUUGGUGGGGCAGACGGAAAAUGACCUGGUUGUCAGCCUGCCAGAAGAGGUCACUGCCAGGGGAUUUGGUCCAUUGUUACAGUUUGCCUACACUGCUAAGCUGUUACUCAGCAGAGAAAACAUCCAAGAGGUCAUCCACUGUGCUGAAUUCUUGCGCAUGCACAACUUGGAGGAUUCCUGCUUCAGCUUUCUUCAGACGCAGCUGCUAAACAAUGAAGAUGGCCUCUUCUUGUGCAAAAAGGAUACUGCCUGUCAGCGAAUGCAUGAUGAAGAGAACUCAGAUGGGGAAGAGGAGGAAACUAUGGAAUCAGAGACUUCAAAGAUAUCUUGCCCAAGAGAGAGGAUGCAGCAGGAGCCCUUUAACUUUGAAUCCACUGGUUCUGGAGCAGACAAGGAAGAAGGCAUGUUGCCUGACUCGGACGUACUGAGAGAUAGCAAAGACAGUUUGGACAAAGAUGCAGUAACACGGUACCCCAGAUAUAAGAAAUACCAGCUUGCUUGUACCAAGAAUGUCUACAACACAUCACACAUCAGUACCUCAGGUUUUGCAAGCACAUUUGGUAACGAGAGCUCUGGUAAUGGCCUCAAAUCAGGACUUGCUGUGGGGCAGAUUAAAAGUGAACCUUCGAAUGAGGAAAAUGAUGAAGAAAGCAUCACACUUUGCCUGUCUGGAGAUGAACCUGACAUCAGGGAUAAAGAGGGGGAUGUUGAAAUGGAUAGGAAACAGCCAAGCCCUACUUGUGUUGACAGGUCUAAAAGUGGGUCCUCUCCUUCCUGCUUAAGGUCUUUCUUCAACAGAACAAAAAAUAUAGAUUUGGUUGGCUUUCCAAGUACUUCCCAACAGCACUUUGCCAGGAGUCCAGCAUGCCCUUUUGAAAAGGGGACAACUCAGGGUGACCACAAAACUGACUACAGCCCUUUCACAGGGAAUUAUGGGCAGUCCCAUGCUGUUCAAAAGGAUGCUUCCAACUUCCCUGGAGGAUCGCCUCUCAGGGGGCCUGGUUUUGAAGCUCUUUGUAAGCAGGAAGGUGAACUGGACAGGAGGAGCGUUAUAUUCUCUUCAAAUGCUUGUGACCAAGUAAACACUUCGGUGCAUUCAUAUUCUGGUGUGAGCAGCCUGGAGAAAGACCUUGCUGAGACUUUGCCAAAAGGUCUGUGGGCUGGAGGCAGCCAAUCCCUUCCUAGUUCACAGACCUAUUCCCACAGUGGACUGACAGCUGAUCACUUGCCGGGAAGGAUGCGGCCUAACACCAGCUGCCCAGUGCCAAUUAAAGUUUGCCCUCGCUCUCCUCCUUUGGAAACCAGAACCAGGACCUCCAGCUCAUGCUCCUCCUACUCAUAUGCAGAGGAUGGCAGUGGUGGUUCUCCUUGUAGCCUCCCUCUGUGUGAGUUUUCAUCUUCCCCCUGUUCUCAAGGAGCUCGAUUCCUGGCCCCUGAGCAUCAGGAGCCAGGCAUGAUGGGAGAUGGAAUGUACAACCAAGUCAGACCCCAGAUUAAAUGUGAGCCAUCCUAUGGAACAAACUCCAGUGAUGAGUCUGGGUCGUUCUCAGAAGCAGACAGUGAAUCAUGUCCUGUGCAAGACAGAGGGCAUGAGGUGAAACUUCCUUUCCCCGUUGAUCAAAUCACAGAUCUUCCAAGGAACGAUUUCCAGAUGAUGAUAAAGAUGCACAAGUUAACCUCAGAACAGUUAGAGUUUAUCCAUGAUGUCCGCCGGCGCAGCAAGAACCGGAUCGCAGCCCAGCGCUGCCGCAAAAGAAAACUGGACUGUAUUCAGAACUUAGAAUGUGAAAUCCGCAAAUUGGUAUGCGAGAAAGAGAAAUUGCUGUCGGAAAGGAACCAGCUGAAAGCAUGCAUGGGAGAAUUGUUAGAUAAUUUUUCGUGUCUUUCCCAAGAAGUGUGUAGGGAUAUGCAGAGCCCCGAACAGAUCCAAGCCCUUCACCGAUACUGCCCUGUUCUCAGGCCUAUGGAUCUACCAACAGCCACAAAUAUCGACCCUUCACCAGCUGGAGUAGAGCAAAACCUAGUGACAUCCCAGUGUAUUGGAGAAAGCAUGCAGUGCUGCUCAGAGCAAAGCUCUGUGCAACUGGGAGCUCACUGGCUACCUAACAAUGUUUCCGAAAAUUGUACAGCUGGAAGAGGGCUGGACGGAGCUGACCAAGGUACUUACUCAGAAAGAGAGCUUCCUCUAGAACAGAGUAGCCAAACAGUGACAGUAGACUUCUGUCAGGAAAUGACUGAUAAAUGUACAACGGAUGAACAGCCUAGGAAAGAUUACACCUAGUGACUUUUAACCUUACACCUGGUCAGGUGUUCUUCAGUCAGCCAGUGGCAGUGUUCAUUUGUUGUCUAGAAGAACGUAUUUGGUGCACACUACAGUGGUCUUAGCAGCAAUACUGUUUUUAAGUAUUCCCUCCUCUCUACAAGCAGGAGUUUUCUUCACAAUGGUGCUAUCCCUUGCUCAGGCAGGGAACUAAACAGUGGCAACACUGUCUGUUUUUGUAUGUUGAUUUCAAUCUUAACAGGGAUGGACAUAACACCUCUGAGGACCCAACUGCAGCUUUUUUUUCUCAGUGGCCCAUGUCACAAAACCCUAACUCAGGAAUUUCCUCUGAAUGUUCAAUUUUUCAUUGAAGACAGCCUCUUUACACAUCAAAGUUUUAUAGCUAAUCUGUACAUAUUAUAUAUAAUAUAUAUAAAGUAUAUAUAUCCAUAUGCAAAAGUCCCCUGCAUGCCUCAAUUUUUCUCAUCCUACAACUGGAAACUUUCAGUUCUGUUGUAUAAACAAGUUCCAACAUUCCUUUUUUUUUUUUUUCGUGUCUUUGAUGCUAGAACUAGUUUGGUAACUUGUUACAUGAUUUUUUCCCCCCUUUUGGUUCACAGUUCAGCAAUAUCAUUCAGUUUGUACUUAUUUAUACAGUUUUAAUGUUGGAAGCUUAUUUGAGAUGUUAUUAUAGACAACAUAUUUUUUUGGCACGGCAAUUUCGUGCCAUUUGAGCAAUGUGGAUUUAUUUUAUUUUCUUUCAGAUACUGUACAAUAAUGGUCAACUUUGCCACUUGCACUGAGUUUCUGGUCAAACCUCUUUUCAUAAAUGAAGUUGUGACUUCAGUAUAACUUGAGAAUACUGUUUGCUUUAUCAUGUAAAGAAAAUUAUAAAG